AUGAACUCUGGGACGAAAUUCAUAUGCCGGAGUCUGCUAGGGUUUCACGUGUUGCCACUGCGUUUAGACACAUUUGUAACUUACUUCAACGACAUGGUUGUAUCCGAGGAAGACAUGGUCCAGGGUGUAGCUAUGGAAAUAGAAAACGGCAUGAACAAAAUCAACAGCUUGCGGUCUCAACUUGGAAUGGAGCCGUGGGAAAAUAAACGGGCACCACCAGGGUCCAUUGAGCUGCGCAACUCAAUUGACCACGAAAUCAAAAGGCUGAAACCCGUCUACGAAAAGCGCAUGGAGGAACAGACGGUGCUGAUAGAACGCGUUGCGCACCUCUCAGUUCGGCUCGGUAUUGAAGACGAUGACGAAUUUUCUAUUCCAACAGACAUCGACGAACUACUCCCGGUCGAAAAGAUGAAGGAUCUUGAUGCACGCCGACAGGAACUUGAGGCUAUACUCCACAAGAGACUUAAGAAAGUCCAAAAGUGGCAAAAAGAGAUGAUCAAGUUUAUUGGGAAACUAGGUCGUGAAACGCUCACUGAAGACGAAGAUAUGCUUGCCCUCAUGGACGCUAAUUUCAAUAGCGAAGAUGCUUGCGUUUCUGAUGCAACGGUUAGCGCAAUGGAAGAACACUAUGAACAGUUGCGAGAAAUGUACACGGGCUAUGUGCAAGAAAGGGAGUUCCGCUGGCUUGAGCUGUACACACGCCUCUCGGAAUUGUGGGAUUCAUGCCAUACGUCCGAUAUUGAGCGUUUGAUACCGCCCACUUAUAAUCCAGAUAAGCACACGGACAAAGAUUUCGACAAAAUGUCAUCAGAAAUUUCGCGUUUGGAGAAGCUUUAUGCUGCACGUAAAGAUGUUUUUGACGCAUUGACAUUAUGGAAGGAAAAAUGGUCAGAGAAGUUAGCUCUGGAGGAGAAGAAAAAGCAUCCUGAGUAUUUCCAGAACCGUGGGAGGGAAAAUAAUGUUUUUCAGGAUGCAAAGAUCGAAAGAGUGCUCAAUGACUACACAAAUUCCCAAUUAAUAAGUCGCUUAUCCAUGUUUAUGAGGCUUAUCGCGAGUCUCAUCCGAAUGAUGAUAUUAGAAUCGAUGGGAUUCACGCCUCCCGACUACGUGAAGUACAUAUUGGAUGAGUACAACGCGAGCAAAACGUUGAGCCAAAAUAGGGCAAGGCACGCGCAUGGUUUCAACGAAGUGCGUGUGAACAACCACAGCUGCAUGGUCGCUUGA